AUGCAUAUUCUAGGCUCUGAUCUUCCACGGCCAGACAAUGUCGUAAUCUGUACUCCGCCUGGAGAGUCAUUGAUCAGCCCGGUUCGCGUUGACAAUCUCCCUUGGAAUUUGUUCAAACGAGGAAUCGAAUCUCAAGUGAUAUCACAACUGUACCCGAUAGCGAUUCAGAGUCAGCAUUCAGAUCCAGAAGGUCCAAAUGCCAGCGAACUUCAUGCAUUCAACCUUUCCCAACUCACAACCUUUGGAAGUCCCACAACACCUAGCGCAGCUAUCUACUCCUUCGAUCAGGCAAAUCUGAGCUCAGCAGAUCAAUUUAAUACAGAUAAUUGGGACUGGACCCUUCUGAACGAUUUCGCAUAUAGCUCGUUAUCUGAUACGAUGUUCUCUUCAGCUUCUCCUGGAACCAACCAAACAAGAUUGGUGACUAGCCCAUCUGAUGCUGUUACUAUCAGUAUCCAACCUGCGCUAUCAUUACUUUCCGAGAUUUCACAGAGGCAUACCAUCGACUUACCAUCCUUUUUUAGACGAUACACAACGGAUGAGCAAGACCUGGAGUUCGACGCGUCAUCUUUCAGUAUUUCGAUUCCUACAGAUCAUGUGGCAUUAUUUCGCUUCUUUUGCUCGUUUAUAUUCUUGAUAACAAAUAACAUCUUGACCGACCACGACAUCCAUGAACUUUUUACUUGGAUUGUGGAGAACAAUUGCGUUUGGAUAAUUGCGAAAAUACUUGAAUUACCACCAACAGGGACAGUGGAUGUAUUAGCAGACAGGAUAUUUCCUGCGGUUAUAAGGGCAGGCGAGAUAGGGCUUGUGCGCAAACUCAUUGCUCGCAGAGUUGAUGUACACUGUCAAAAAAAGUGGGAGACACCAUUAUCACUUGCAGUUCAGCGUCGAGACAUGGAAAUGGUCAACCUGCUUUGUGAAUGUGGGGUGAAGCCUGCUAUACGACGGUUUUCUGUCCUGAAAAGUGACCAAAACAACGACACCUUGUGGUCUGACAGAAACAACCAGCUUCUCUCACUUCUCCUCGAACUUGGUGCAGACCCGGAUUCGUUCAUUUAUAAUGAACCCAGUGGAUAUCCCCUCGUAAGUGCCGCUGCCGAAGGGGAGGUGGGAGCUGUCGAACUCCUUAGAGCUAGUGCACGGACGGAUCUUGCUAUUCCCAAACUUGGAACUGCACUGCAAGCUGCUGCUGCGCCAGGCCAUAAAGCUGUUGUUCGGCUUCUUGUUGAAGCAGGCGCAAAUGUCAAUGCAAUCUGUAGUAUUAUAGAAAGCGACCGCAUUCAUUUGCACUUCUCUGCAGCGUUUAUGACGCCAAUUCAGCUAGCAGCACACGGAAACAGCGGAGACAUUAUGCAGAUUCUGAUACAGAGCGGAGGUCUAGUGAAUCACCUCCCUAUUAUUCCGCAUCUGGGGCUCCGUGUCAUAGAAGAAAUAUUCUCCAACUCGAGCAGAUCGAGCUAUAGCAAUGCGAUUAUAGUGAUUGUUUUUGUAGACAAAAGGGGGCAUUUCUGGCCAAGAUUGUGUGUCGGCUGGGGUGGGGAAGAAUAA